AUGUUGUCCGAACAGCUACAUGACGAGCAGAGCAACCCGGCAUGGAACCAGUGGCUACUCAUGAUGAAUUUGAUGACGGCGCCGCGAUAUUUCUCGGCCGUAGGCUCGUGGAAUGCAAGGAAACGCGAGGCAGUGCGCACGGUCUUGCACACGUUCAAGCAAAGCUUCCACACUUUCCCCCGACCUUGGAACAACAUACAACCAGAAUGCGCCUUUUCGCAAUCGAAACUGGACAUAGCGAUCCAUGUGCGACUUGGCGACAGGAAAGACAGCUUGAAUGAUGACUCCUACUUCGACUAUCUGGAAGACUUCAUGGAAACCGUGGCGUCAGCCGCAAUAGCUCGAGGGCAAGACCAUCCGGUGUUUCACAUAUUCUCCGAGACGCACUCACGUUGUCCGUCAGCAGAAAACGGGGCAUUCGAGGAGUUUCCAAAAUGGCCGGUGGAGAUGGAUCAGGUUUCAACGUGCAUGGAGGCAACCACUCCGGAAGAAUGUCCCGAGAAGGAUGCCGGGGCUCCAAGCUGCAAUCCCACGCGAUCUGGAAUAUUCGCCGUCGAUGGCAGGGAAAUGAAUCUCCACGUUGGCCUCGACGUGCAAAAUGACCUCUCCUGCAUGGCCAACGCAAACGGCGUUUUGAUGGGCUGUUCAACGUUUGGCCAAGUUGCCGGUGUGCUUAGCAAGGGGAUUCGGUUCUUCUCCACCGAGUGCGCCGGCUGGAGAACCACCAUUCAGUACAAGUUGAUUCCUCCGAUGGCCAUAGCCGGUCGCGGACACAUGUGGGUUCCGGUGUCUGGAUCUUGGCACGACCCAGUCAUUGCAUCGGAGAGCAUUCUAGGAGCGUCGCUUGAUCUCCUCCUCGGGGCGACAUAG